GUUACCUUUGACAACUUCUUUACAAGUCACAAACUUAUGACUCGUUUGUCGAACGAUGGAUUCUUCGCUUUGGGAACUGUUCGUGAUAAUCGGACCAAUCAUGCCCCAUUAAUGAACAUCAAGGAAAUGAAAAAGAAGCCUCGCGGGACGUCUGACUUUCGUUUCGACAUGAACAAUUCUAUUUUGGCGGUGCGUUGGAAUGAUAAUGCGGUCGUGACCUUAUUAUCGAAUUUCCUAAGCCAUACACCAAUGGUCCGCGCGAAACGGUAUGAUCGAAAGCAACGGAAAAUGGUUACUAUUGAGCAGCCGUAUUUGGUCAACGAAUACAAUCAUCUUAUGGGAGGUGUGGACCUUUUUGACAAUGCAAUGAAUAAUUAUCGAAUUCGGAUUCGGGGAAAAAAGUGGUAUUGGCCAUUAAUAACAAAUGCGUUUGACGCGGCUAUGGUAAAUGCAUGGAAGUUACAUUGCUUCUGUCGCAAGUAUGACAAGAAGCCACCGAUGUCUCAAUAUGAAUUUCGAGUGGAGGUGUGUGAAUCGAUUAUGAUCAAGUCCAGUUAUCAUCAUCCGGGUAGAACGUCGGCUUCCGGGGCACAACUGGCAAUGCGUUACGACCGUAUGGAUCAUUUCAUCGGAAAACUUAAUACUCGUCAUCGUUGUCCGCAAUGCGGUGGCAAAACUGAAUAUGGUUGCUUGAAGUGCCAAGUGAACUUGCAUCCCGCUCCUUGCUUUCUGGAUUACCACAACGGCGUUGAACCAGAUAAGAAAAAGAUUGCCAAGGCUAAGUAAUCUAUUUCUUAUAAAUAUAAUAAUUUCUC